AAAGCCCUUCAGGAAUGCGCGUCAAUACCAGUGCCCGACCCGUGCUUUGCUUUAGUGGACGACUAUUGGAUGAGUUAUGUCUUAAACCAUAAAUUCAAUCGAAAACUCAGGAAAUUGUCGACAAAUGCGAGCGAAUUGAGGGAUGCGAUCGUCAGCCGGACUCAAGACUCGGAUGAAAUCGGUUUAGCGUUAUAUACGAGACCUGAAGUCAAACAAAACAAAAUCAAACUAUACAUCCAUCACAUGCUUCAGGGAUGGCCUGUUUGGGACAGCGAUCAGGAAAAUGAUAUCAAAUUGGAUGAAAAACGUGAGCAAUUAUUGGCUAAAAGUAAGCGUGAAUUUUGGGACAAAUUAUUCGUUGGAUUCAAUAUAUCGUCGGAAAUAAGCGAAGAAAGUGUCAGAGAUUUGGUGGAAAUGGGAGUGAAAUGCGUGAGAAUAGGCGCCGUAGGGUUAGGCGAUAAAGUGGACUAUGAGUUGAAGGGAUUUGUGGCCAAUAGAGACCUACAGAUGAGACAAUUGAAGACAACUAUAUCUCUAUUGAAAUCCAAUGGCAUUCGUGUUGUGCUAACCCUUUAUAGACAGUUGUCUUCUCCAGAGAUCUGGGAAUUCAUUGCAAAGAAUUUGUAUUCAGAGGAGAAUGUCGUCGGAUAUGAUCUCAUUAAUGAACCCUUCACUCCAUUGGAAGAACAAUACGAGUUCGUUGACAAUGAUCCUGGUUUAACUGAACUAAUGUCACGAUAUAUCGAAAUGAUUGAAUCCAUCCGUUUAGUCGACAAAAUAACUCCGAUUAUCAUUGAAUCGAGUUAUUGGGCGACAGUCGACGCCAUUCCCAAGUUAUCCAUCGAAAACCUGCUGACUAUCGACACAAACCUUUUGGUUUCCUUUCAUUUCUAUGAACCCAUGCUUUUGACUCAAAGACAGAGAAACAAAAAUCGUUUCGCAUAUCCCUCACAAGUACCUGAUUAUGAAAACAGCAAAUAUCCACAAAUGAUUGAAAUCAAUGACAAUUAUAUUGCGAAUAAAUUUUUAACAGCCAUUCAAUGGUCACAAAAGUUUAAAAUUAAACUACUUUUGGGUGAGUUUGGUAUCAGUCGAGAUGUAUUGGGAGCUGACCUGUAUUUGCAUUGUAUAAUGAAUUUAUGCAAAACACAUGCCAUCUCAGCAUUUAUAUACAGCUUUAGAGAUGAGGACUGGGAUUCAAUGGACUAUGAAUUGGGCGAUAAUAUCUUAAGUGGAAGAGUGAAACAAAAUUUAAAUGAAAAUAUUCUAAUGCAAACUAUUUUAAAAGGCAUUAGU